GAAGCAAUGUCGGUGUGGGUCCCAAUCGUUGCUUACUGGAUUUACAGCAUUGCCUUCCACUUUAUGAUGAAGGCCGAGAUCCCAUUUUUUGAGCAGUACCGCAUUCACACCUCUGAGGAUAUGGCAAAACGCAACCGAGUGACGCUCACACGAGUCCUUGUCAUGGUGGCCAGUCAGCAAACUAUUCAGUUCAUCCUCGGUGUUAUUGUUAUCACGCCUCCAGCCGAUCCUGCUGCCCUUUUGCGCAGACAAGAAGCGAUUGUGGUCUAUCUUGCCUCGCAUAUUCACACCGUCCUGGCCUUGGUUGCCCCUGCACUGAAGAAUUCGACCGCUAUGGCUACCUCGUUGGCUUAUAGCUUGUAUAAUUACGUGUGGCCUUGCGUCCAGUUCUUCCUUGGCAUGGUAAUCAUGGAUACACAUCAAUAUUUUCUCCAUCGUCUUUUCCACCUCAACAAAUUUCUUUACAAACAUAUCCACUCGCACCAUCACCGACUCUAUGUGCCGUAUGCCUUUGGCGCUCUGUACAACCACCCUUUGGAAGGGUUUUUGUUGGAUACCCUGGGUGCAACCAUUGCGUUUGAACUGACGGGCAUGUCGCCAAUGCUGGGCAUGAUUUUUUUCACGUUUUCCAACAUGAAGACAGUGGACGAUCACUGUGGAUAUUCGUUCCCAUGGGACCCACUUCAGUGUUUCUUUGGCAACAACGUCGUCUAUCAUGACAUCCAUCAUCAACCUUAUGGCAUCAAAAAGAACUUUUCGCAACCGUACUUUACGUUCUGGGAUUGGUUGCUCAACACCCAGUACGCCGGCCCGUCAAAGAAUGUCAAA